UCACUUUAUCUCCACCUGUGACUGCCUUCCUUAGCCUCGUGACACUAGCUGCAGAGUCCUCACGUUAAAAGCCGAAUAGAGAAAGUUGUGCCAAGAGGGAAAGGUACGGCCACUUCGUGUCUACUGGACUUACCACAUUCACCGAAGAAUGAGCGGAAUCCUACAUGUCAUUGUUCCUUAUGUUUUGAUUGGCUUGUUUGCAUCCGUUGCCACAUUUCCCCGAGCAAGUUCUGAUUUGAGGGACACCAGGACACGGCGGGAAGUUGUCUGCAGAGACGAGGAGUACUUGAACAACAACAUCUGUUGUUUAAAGUGCCCAGCUGGUACCCGUGUAAAGUCGCACUGUACCACGCCACGUGAAAAGGGGCGGUGUGAGGAGUGUGCUGCUGAAACGUAUGCCGAGCAUGCCAAUGACUUCAAACAAUGUAUCAAAUGCACAACAUGUCACUCAGAUCAGGAAAUUGUGAGGCCUUGUAGCCACACCCAGGACACUGAAUGUCAGUGCAUAGAAGGAAGAUUCUGUGCUCCUGAACAAGCAUGUGAGGUGUGCAAGAAGUGUUCAAGGUGUGGAAAGGAUGAAAAGGUUGUAAGGAACUGUACUGCUACCUCUAACACCGAGUGCAAAAAGAUCCAACUGCAGCCUGACUCUGCCUCAGCAAAUGCUUUGUAUAUCAUUCUGGGUGGAGGCGUAACGCUCGUUUGUUUGUCAUUGGUGUUGUGGGCAAUUUGUUGCUAUACGAAGAAACGCAGAGCAGCAGACUCCCUUGGAAACGGGGUGAAAGUUGAGCAGAAUGUGCAGGAGAGGAAGAAUGAACAAACUCAAAGCGUGAGAUGCCCCAAUCUGAUCCUCUCUCAGCCACUGGUGAGAAUUCAAAACCCAGCCGCCAUGGAGGAUGAGUAUCAAGGAUUGUGUGAAAGCGUCAGCAGCUCUGCCAGUAACUCGCAGCAAAAUCUAACAGUCCUGCCUAAAAUGAGGGAAGAAGAGCCAUUUCCAAAACUGAUACCUGUAAAUGGUGUUGAGUCUCUCCGAAUGUGUUUCCAGUAUUUCGAGGAAGUAGACAGCGAUUACCACAGGAAAUUCUUCCGACAACUCGGCGUGAACGACAACGUGAUCAAAAGCAAAGACCAACUUUUGUAUGAUGACAGGAUUCACGAGUUGCUGAACAUUUGGUUGGAGAAAGAGGGUAAAGAAGCGAGCUUAAAUGACCUACUCGACGCAUUACUGGAAUGUAAUCAAAAGCGAACAGCUGAGUUGAUCAAGGGGAAAGCCUUGGAGGAUGGUCAUUACAUUUCCGAGAAGUUGUCACAGCUCUGACUGGUGAAGGUUUUUAGUUACUUUGAUGCUACUUUGUGUUUGACUCUUGUUCCACAAAACAAAAUCCAGAUCAAAUUACUGAAUGGUGUAGCUUUAGCUGGAGCGGUACCUUUUUUCUAAGCCUCGACAGACAUCUUUCUUACUUGACAACGUUCUUAUCUUUGAUAUUUAUGAAGUACGGCAGUGGUCGCCAGCCACCAGGUACUGGUCCGUGGGCAGAGCCGAACUGAGUCGCAAAAAAUAUAUCAUUUUUUUUGUAAAUAACUACAUCCAAUUAAAUGUAAUUGUACAGGUGGUUCUCAAGUUACAAGCAAGUUCCGUUCCUGGAGCUUAUACUUAAAUUAUAGCUGAAUAAACUAUGAAGUCACUCACUGUACACGGAACACAUGAAGGUCAUCUAAAAUACACUAAUAUAAAGAUUAAGUACAAUAGUUAAAUGAAAGAGUAAUAAAAUGAGCAUAGGCUAGUGCUCUUCUCCCGGAUCUCCUUGUAACAGCGCAUUGAAUACAUGACCCCUUUAUUAACUGUACAGCUGUUUAUUAACAGCUGUAAUUGCACCUGUCACACACAAAUGCAUGUCAAACCAUGUCUGUGGGCUCAAAAAGUUUGAGACCGCUGCUGUACAGUAUUGCUACGGAAGUGCAGGAUCUCACCGUUUGAACAUGUGCCAUCGCACUGAGCAGCAGAACAAACAAAAAUGCACUUCAGAGCUGCAACUUGAAUGUUUGCUGUUGAAAGCAUUUCAGUUACUUCAGGCUUACAUGAAAUGAGUAUUUAUUAUGCUGAAUGUUUUAUUGGGGACUGUGAUUGCCUUUUAGACAUUGCUGAUGAACUUGUUCCUUCAAAUGUGUGAUGUGUUUCAACCUCAGGUAUUACUAUUUAUUAUGAGAUGACCAAAGCAACAUUUGAAUGGCGUCAGGAGUGAAUAAUCUUUUUUUUUUUUUAA